AUGGAAGUAGGGGGGCAUUAUCGAUGUGAUGUGAAGGACUGCAUUGCAAAAUUUCCUACUUCGCUGGCAAAGGCAUGGCAUAUGUCGAAGGGAAAGCACAAGUUCAAGGCUCCUGAUGCAACUCCAGAGCUGAGAAACGAAAGCAGCCAGGGCGGAGCUGCUGAGGCGCUCCAAGCUGCAGCAGAGCGCAUUCGCACGAGAACAACUAAACGUACCCGCAGUGAAGCGCAGGCAGAGAGUAGUCGCAUGGCAGAGGACGUGGGCGCUGCAGAGAUGAACGAGGACCCAACAGGGUAUCGCUUCUCCUCCGGUGGUGACACAUUGAAGGUGGAUCCCGACGCACGCGUAUAUCGUUUUGUAAGGACGGCUGCAGGAGGUUCUGGACUCUCAAGGGUGGAUAUCAAGGAGUUGAUAUCCAUCCUCAUAGAGGUGUUGAGCAAUCCCGGGCGUCUAACCAUAAAUUCCCUUGCCGCAUUUGAUGGCUACGAGAAGUUGCAACUCGCCGAUGCCAAUUUGCACCCUUUCGAGCAGGUUAAUCUUGCGAAGGAGGGGGAUUUGGAGCCGGUGAUAAUGUGGCGUCGUUCUGCACUGAACUGCGUGGCAAGCCUAUACGAGAACGUGGCGAACGCGGACGGCUUCGUUGUGAAACCACCGCCACCCAACAGAGACCCUGAAGCUAAGCGCAUAUACAAGGGUCCUGAGACGGGAAGCUGGUGGCGAGAAGUCCUGGCCGAAUUGCCACAAGGGGCGUUAGUGGCUGCGGUGAUUAUAUACUCCGACGAAACGACACUCACCAUCGAUGGAGGACUCAAGGGAUGGCCAGUGUACAUCUCACUGGCCAACAUUGCUUCGGGUAAUCGUUGGAAAUCGCACGGCCAUCGACUUGUCGCUCUGUUACCCGACGACGACGGCGGCUUCUACGCGAAAGGGAACGAAGAGCGUCGGCGGCUUGAAGUGUUCCAGGAGGCCCUGAAUCUCAUCAUGGAGGACUUGAAGGCCGGGCAGUACAAGUAA